AUGCUCUUAUUUUUUCUUGGACCAACAAAGUCAUUGAAAAAUGCAUUCAUCAUUGUUAAACCUGAAGACAGUCAUCUUAUACAAGUUAUUGAAAAUCUAAAGCCUUUUGAUGAAAUUCAAAACUGUACUCAAGAGUUUUUAUACCCUUACAUGUGGCAGGCAACGGGAAAUAACCUUGAUGUUAUCAACUUACCAGUUCAAAAUGAAGAAUAUACAGAAAUAAAUGAACAUUUUCUGAACAAUGCUCCACCUAAGGCACAAGUCUUAAGUAUUCAAAGAAUUCAGAACAAAACACUCUACAGGGAUUAUGUAAAGAAAAAGUGUGAAUACAACCUAAUACAAAAGAAAUAUGAGAAAAAAUUGUGGUUUUCCUGUGAUUCCACUGAUGUCACUGAACUAAGGACAAAUGGACUUAAUACAAAAUUUAUGAAAGUUGGAAGAUGUGGAGAAGGCUAUCAGUUCUAUAAAGAAUCAAAUACAGCAUUUGAGAUACAACUUCAAAGUGAUCAAAGACAAGAUGGUAACCACUAUAUCUAUUGCUGCAAUGUGGCUGUUGGAAACCCAAUUCAAGGGAAUACAUCAUAUAAAAAAGGCAAUAUUCCUGCAAAGUGUACAUCAGUUGUAGACAACAUUACCUGCCCAACAAUGUACACCAUAUUUAAUGAAAAUGUAUUCUACCCUUCUUAUCUUCUCACUUUUAAGAUAAGAUGA